GCAGCAGUCGACAGGCUCACAUCCCUUCACCACCACUUCUCAAAGUACAUCAACAGCUCAACUACUCAUCUAAGCUGAGUUGCUGCUGGUGUAUCUAGCUCUCUAUAAAACAUGACGGUCACUGUCACCGUCGAGUUCUUUGGUGGACUCGAGCUCAUAUUCGCCAAACGCCGGAAAAUCAAAGUAACCCUGCCUCAUAGAGAUACGCAGGUCGAGAAUCCUUCAGCCACGACCGUUCUUGCAGCCAAAGAAUCAGAAGCUAGCGCUACUUCGUCAAUAGGUGAAGCGGCAACAUUCAAGAUAUCAGAUUUGGUGAAUUACCUCGUCGAGGUUGAGAUGACGAACCCAGACAAGUCACGGGAAUUGCUCGUUUCAACGGAUGGUCAGGUUCGGCCUGGUAUCUUGGUGCUCAUUAAUGAAACGGACUGGGAACUCGAGGGAGAAGGUGAGUAUGUGCUGCAGCAGGGAGAUCAGAUUAUGUUUGUUUCUACCCUGCAUGGUGGAUGAGACCUGACUUGUCGGUGAGCUAUUGUUUGCGUGCAUGCAUAGGCAAUAUCAGGAAAAUAUCCUCAAUUAGAGAGAGAAGCAGAAGCAGAUGAUACACUAGAGACAGAAGAGUAGCGUAGGUACUAUUCCUUUUCCUAUACACAAAAGACUUUGGAGGGGGUUAAGGGUAGAUCGGGGUAAAUC